AUGAUGUGUUGGGCCGUAUCUGCUGACCAAGAAUAUAAUUCUCCGAGCUGUGUGCGAGUCGGCGAUAUAAAUAACGACGGUAAAUUCGACUUUGUUAUUACUUAUUCUAACCAUAACAAUUUUGGAAUACUAUUCAACAACGCUGCUAACCAAUUUCUCACCCAAAUCAUGUAUGACACCGAUGCGGAACCAAUCUCAGCACUGAUUGCCGAUGUUAAUUACGAUAAGAAAUCAGAUAUUCUCAUAGUCAAUCGUAAAUCUCACAGUAUCGAUAUCUAUUUCAACAAUAGUCAUAAACCUAAAUUUCCUUCCGUAACUUACUCGACACAAAUUGAAUCCGAUUUUUGUUGGCGUCGCUCAUGUCAAUGA